UUUUUUUUUUAAAGAUUUGGAUGAUUUUGAUGGUUCUAGAUUGGAAGGAGUUUGUUGUAUAUGGAUCCUUUGGUCCUGAUUUUUGUAACAGAAAAUAAGAAUACAACAGGAAGAAUUGGUAUUCCAAAGAGAUAUUUUGAACAUGGCAGAAGCUACUGCGAAAACACUUGCUGUGAAACCUCAUAUAAACAAAGAAUGUUUUUGAGAUUGUUUGUUAAUUCAAAAUUUUCAUGAUGUCUGAUGCUGAAAAUGUAGAAAAAAGUAAUAUACCAAAUUCACCAUCUGAAUCCAUUGAAAAACUUGACCAAAAAGAGACAUUCACUGGUAGCCCAGAACAUGCAGAUCCAGCAAUAUCUGAAGAUGGCAAACCAUUUGUUGGCAUGGAAGGAGAACUUGAUUUUGAAGUUCUCUCACCUGAAAAAACUGAAAGACUUGAAGAUCAAUCUUUUUCUCUCCCGAAUGAGGUUGAUUCUCAAGCAUCAAUGACUGGAGAAAUAGAAAAAACUGGAAAAGAGACUUCCCUCAUUGCUGAAAAAGGAAAUGAAUUAAAGACUCAUGGAAUUGAGGACGGGGAAGACGACGGAGAAUGCUCUGACGAUGAAGAUCUUGAGGAGGGGGAAGUCAAAGAUGAAAAUGAACCUGUGACAAAAGCAAGACAGAUUUGUAGAUUCUUUAAUCGUGGGAUGUGUUUCUAUGGCAUACAAUGUCGUUUCCUGCACUUGAACAAUGACAUGAAAGGUAACUACAACAUGUUUUCACCAACUCCUCCUAGAGUAUAUGAGACAGCACACAUGAGCAGUAUGAUGGUCCCUCCAGGCCAGCAUGGAAUUAUACACAGAUCUGCUCCACGCUCAGGUCCAGAUUUUAUACCAAUUCCUCCUCUGUUACCUGCUCCAGUUGAACAGCAAGAGAGUGCCUGGGAGAAAGGUCUUAGAGAGGCUAAGGAACUUUUAAAGAAAGCCAAUCAACGGAAAGAAGAGCCUGAUUUUGAAGAAAAACGGUUGACACUUUCUUUAUCUAGCUCUGAUAGAAAUACUCAGAUAAACGAUAAAGAAAAUGAUAAAUUUGGAUAUAAAAAGAAAAACCGAGAAGAUUUAUAUAAGUAUGGGGAUCCUGCUUAUAAUAAAACACAUUUCGGAAGCCGCUACGAAAAUUUUGAAAUUCGAUAUACGAAUGUAGAUAGAGGCAUAAGAUCAAGGAGGAGAGCACAUGGGGAAAGGCGAUUUAAUCAAAGAGAAGAUAGCACUGGCCACUGGAGAAACGGCGAUCGUAUGGAAGACAUGGAAAAAAUUAGAGCAGAAGCCUAUUUUGAUCCUUGGAGAAGAUCUAAGUCUCCAAAACAUAGACGGUCCAAAGAUAGGGAAAGAUCUAGGUCUUUUGGAGGCUCUCCCUUUUCUUCAGUUUCAUCAUAUUCAUCUAGAAGCUCGUCAUAUUCUCGUAGUUCCUCAAGUAUGUCCAGAGGCUUAAGUUCGAGAAGUCCAUCACCUAUGUCUGAUAAGAAAAAGAAAACUCCUGCAAAUAAAAGUUUAUAUCCUUUAUCUCCUAAAGAAACUCCUAAUAAACUUAACGCUGCUGUUAAAGGCAAGAAGAAAUCUGGUGCAAGAAUUACAAGAACUAGAAGUGAUUCUAGAAGUUGUUCAAGGCAAGUGUUCUCACAUAGCAGGACUAGUUCAUCAAGGUCACGGUCAAUAUCAAGAGGGCGGUCUCUCUAUUCUUCACGUUCAUCCAGAAGUCUUAGCAUGGAUAGUGUUUCCAGUGCUUCGAGCAGCAUAUCACAUUCUUCAUCUGGGGAAUCUUCAGGUCGCCCAGAACAUGCUUCCAUACUUAGAAGGCAAGAUGAAAAGCCAACUGAGAGAGAGAAACCUGAGGUUCUUCCCCCUCCAGGAAAUAACUAUUAUUUCCAACUCCCACGGUCGCUGAAAUCGGAGAAAAUAAAAGACACUGAUAUUGGUAUACCAGAUGCUGAUAAAGAUCCUUUAGAAGAGUCAUUUCAAAUGUCACAGGCGGAUACUUCAACUCUUCAACCUACUGUGCAGCAUCUUAUGCCUGAAAGAGAAAGGGCAAAAGAUCCACUUAAAGGAUUGCAUCCACCUAAACAGCAAAUUAAAUUAACACUUUUAAAUAAGAAUCCACAAUCUAAAUUAAGUAAUUUGCCUAAGAAAGAACUGGAAGGGAACAAAGGAGAAGAAACAUCGAAGUUAGGCGGAUUUCUUCAUGGCGUGAAAAGGCCCUUAUCUCCACCAGUACCACCAGCUGCUGCAAAACCGCAACCUGCUUUUCCAAAAAAGUCAGCGAGUUCAAGACGUGAUGAACUUCUGAAGCAAUUGAAAGCUGUUGAAGAUGCUAUUGCUCGUAAAAGAGCUAAGUUUUGUUAAAAAUAAUUUUUGUAUUCAAAACAAUUUUGUCACCAUCACCAAAUUGUAUCUCAUAUUCAUAAUUUCGGAACUGUAUAGUUUGUGGUGCUGUACUAGGCAUCAAAGAUUUUCUGUCACUUCUAAUGUUUGAGAACAUUUAUACCCAUAUCCCAUGUAGUAAAUUUUUUCAUUCUUUAUUUUACUUGUGUAGAAUGAAUUCUGUCAUCCAACAAAAAUCAUUCUGUCAUUUGUUUUCUGUCACUUUGUUUAAAAUGUCAGUGCUUUGGUGUGGGAUUUAUUCGUAAUAUGAUUUAUUUUAUUAUUAUUUUUUUUGUUAGAUGUAUAACUUUUCUUUCGUAUCCAGCUUAGAUCUAGCAUGUCCUUGAAACCGAAAUAUCUGAAUGAUUAUUUCCGACUGGAGGUGGGCAUGUGGGAAAAAAAUGUGUUAAUAUUUACUUUACAUCUUAAGUUGAUAAAGAAUGUAAUGAAAAUUUUCCAAUCAUUGAAAUAAUUAUUUGUAUGAAUAAAUCAAAUAUUAAAGCUCUAAACCGUAAUGCUACUUCUGAUGCUUUACAGAUUUCGCUAAACCUUUUUAGAUUAUUUUUCUCUUAUGAAUUAUUUUUGUAUAACACUUUAUUAAUUUAUUGUGUAUUGAUUGAAAACAUCAUAAUUAAAAAUAUGCUUCUCAUUUUAAAUUCUGUUUUUCUAAUUUGCUUUGCUUUCAAAAUUACACUGGUUUGUGGUCAAUAAUAUCGUAAUAUUUGUUAUAUGCUUAACUAGUAUUUGUUAUAUAUAUUUUUAUUAGAAAGUUUUGUUAUAAUACUUUUCAUACCAAUUUUUCAUUUUCUUUCCCCCUUUUUUUCUACAGUAGAAAGAAUAUUUAAUAAAAAAAAUACAUGUCCCCCCCCAACUAAUUCGGUAAUAUUUUAAACAUUAAGAUUUAUGAUGAGCAGAUUAUUCAUUUGUUAUAUCACAGAACUUUUAUGUGACUAUCAACGUCAUACGUUUUUCUUUAAGAACGCAUAUUUAUAAAUCAAUAAUUAUAUGUGCAUUUUCAGUUUUUAAUUUUAUAAAUUAAUUAGAAUUUAUAGAUUACCCUAAUUUGUAAUUAAAGAAGUUUGCUAUUCCAUUAAAAAUU